AUGGCAGGAGCAGUUGCAGUUGAGGUGGCAGCAGGAAAUGGGGUCCCGGGACUGAAGUCAGCAGGUGACGCUCCUUCAUUGGCAUCUCUCAGUUCGGAUGAGAUUCGUGAAAUCAAGGAGUACGAGAAGCUGUUGCGAUUUCGCGAUGAGGUCGUCAGCGGGUCGCAUCCUCGCAUCAAACCAUCCCACUUUCCAGGGAAAACCGCCCAAAACCAAAACUCGGUUUCUCUGCCUGCCGCUACCAGCUCUGCUGCGCCAACAGCUCCUCGACCAGCCGCUGCAAAGAGCGCCGCAAACAACGGUCGCCCGGUAAUUGACACUUCCCAGUCUCAGCAAGCAAACCAACAACGUGCGCAGGUAAACAUGACCUCGAGCUUACCGGGUCUCGAAACACUAUCCGGGGUACCUGGAAGCGCAAGGCCACCCGGGUCUGGGAAGCCUGAGAUUGAUCCAGUGCUCUUGGAGAAGUCCGAUGGCCUGAUCAAGGCUGAGAUUCAGCUGCAGCGGCAACGCGUGGAGCGCAGUCUGAGAGAGCAACUCGAGCAACGUCGUCGUGCCGCCAACAAGGCAUCGGAGCAGCUGGCUGAACUUGAUGUCGCCGACAUCCUAGCAAAAGCCAUGUCACUGGUCCAUGCGACCCCUCCUGCGCAGUCUACUGACGACACAGCUGCUAACGCCUCAGCGUCGAGCGACUCGUUUGAUGAUAAUACCUUCUACUCGAGCCGACACGACACUCCGGAAUCCAACAUGGUGUCUCGACUUCCCAACGAGUCCGAAGAUGAAGAGAUGCGAGAGGGGUCGCCGUACGAGCCGGAACUCGAUUUCGAACCUGCCGACCCAGUGCGGCCUGCUCAGCCGGCUUCGUUGCCUACACAAACUGUACCCGGUCUUGCCGCGUCGCAGAAUCAGCAACAAGUAAAUGCUCCCGCGCCGGUGCAAGCAUCGUCGGCGGCUGCGAUAACAGUUCCUGGCCUGUCCAUCGGCGCAAGUGGCUCUACAACGAUCUCCCAGCCUCGAGGAGCAGAGAUUGCGGGUGCAGUACAGAACAGUUCACAGAGUCGGUCGGGAGAUCUAGGCCAAGCAGAAAACGGGCAGCUGAGCGCCGCACAAGAUUUUGCUCAGGUAAAUGAGCGAUUGCUCGACCACGCUCGGGCUCGCGAACCCCCUCUUGUUCGUGCCCAUGAUCUUUCUCCCGUUGCUCCCCAGCCCACCCAUGUUGUCACUUCCUCGGCUAUUGCAAGGGAGCCGCAAUCAGCUGCAACAGAGCCUAGUGGCGGCCAUCAAGCGGCGCCUGCGCAGGUUGCUGCACUUAGAAAACAGGGGUCGCAUGGCUCUAGCCCAGAGAGCUCUCCUCACGGCAGCAGAGGUUCGGAAAAGAAGAAAAACAAGAAGAAGAAGAGGAAGGCUGAUCGGCUCGCUGUCGAGACCGCGGCCGCAUCACCAUACAUCAAGCCUGAACCCCGUUCCGCUUCGCCUUUGACCCCUCAGGAUGCUCGCCCCAGCAAGCGGCAGCGGUACUCGCAACAGCAACCGUUGGAGGUCCAUGAUGACGAGGCUAGGUAUGAACCGCAAAUGCCACUCGAGGAAGGCUAUCCGGAGCGCUACCAACCCAGAGUCGUUAGGCAGGAACGGGUUGUGGGCUAUGAGAGAGCCGAUGACUAUCGCCCUCAUCACGGUGAAGAGCCCAUCCUUGUCACUUCCCCGAGGUACGAGAGACUCUACUACGAUGAGUACAGAGCAGCGCACCCUCCCAGCAGCUUCCCAGCCGGGGCAGAGUCGGCACAGUACGUCCCUAGGGAAGUGCGGACCGUGCGGCCCGCAUCCCGCAUCCUUGAGCCUCCGCACGAGGAGGUGGCUACUUACUAUCGCGACACACGGGCUGUAUCCAGGAUGAGUGUGCGUCCCCCAGCAUAUCCCGAACGCUCGCAAUCGCCGGUCGGCUAUGAGCGGCCGCCUGUGGCAAUGCCUCCCCCGAGGGCCCCGCCUCGGCGCAUCAUCGUCGAUGCAUAUGGUCGUGAGUAUCUGGAGCCAGCCCGCCCCGCAACCAUCAUUAGAGAGGAGGUUGUCGCGGAGCCCAGAGGGCCGUACGAACGAGUUCUGCCUCCACGCGCCGUCUCCCGUCGGGUCGACCUGCUUGACGAUGAUGCGGUACUGUACCACACAGGCUCGCCGGCAUAUGCAGCGCCCAGGCGUGUGGUCACGCAACCGGACUCUCCCUACCGGGAGGGUGCUGGUCCAAGCAACGCCAUGGCGCCUCCGCCCAGUGAGUACCUGCCAUCACGUGCCCGUGCGUCUACCACCCGCCCUGCUGUGGAAUCGUCUCGCUACGACCCGCCUUCUGCCUACGAGAGGAUCCCAGCACCCAUUGACGACCGUCCGCCACCGCGGGAAUACUUCCGAGCGGCCAGUGCUCGCCCAGCAGACGGUGUCACCCGCUAUGAAGUCCCCGUGGCCUAUGAGCGACGCCUGGGACCGGAUGACGCCAUUCCCAUGUCGGCGCGAGAUUAUGCUCAUCCGCAUCCACCACCACCUCUGAGACCCGCGAGUGUCCGCCCUGGUGCGGAGGCCACGGCCAGGCAUGAAGGGCCGAGGGAUUAUGGAAUGCGAAGGGCAGAGUAUGGUCCUGCUGUUUCUGCCGCACCGGGCGCUUCAGUGGGCUAUCAAGACGUAAGAAGGGAAGCGAUGCCGCCUCCGCCGCCAGCGGGAAGGGCAUACAGUGCCAUGCCGGGUGAGGGGCCGCCGCCGCAGGCUAUACAUAGGGAGUAUGUCGCGCAAGGUCCUCAUCAACCAGUGGAGAGGUAUUAUGGGCGUCCACCGCCGUCGGCGAGGGAGGAUGAGGAGGUGGUGUUCUUAGAUCGGCCUCCGCUGCCGAGGGAUGGGUAUCGCGAGAUGCGGUAA